AUGGCAUCCUCCACCACGUCUGCCGCACUCUCGGCACGUAGGCCCAGUACAGCGAGAUCCGAAGCUUCCGCCAAGCUCAAGGCUACCCUCUCGGCGGCCUCGUCCUCCGACAAAGCCUCGUCGCAGCGAGGCGCUUCAGGUCAACAGCGCUCCAACAGCACCUCCGGCCAGGAGCGAGCUUCGACCAAUGGCUCCACCGCAGCCUCGUCCUCCACUCUGUCCGCAGCUACCACGCCGGUUCGCAGGACGUCCGCACCAGACGGAAAUCAAGCCCGUCCGCCGAUGCAGCGAUCUUCGACACAGGACGACAGCGUUCCGCAUACGCCUCUCUCCCAUUUUCGCGCCGAAGCGGCCAACCUCCCUGCCAUUCCCUUGCAGGCUUUUGCUUUCACCCAAAGCCAGAACGGCGUCCAUUCGCAUACGAACAACCUCGAGGGCACCACCGGCUCGUUUGCUACAGGCUAUCUCCCGUCUCAAAUGAGCGCUGGGUCCGCUCCGCUCAUGACUUCACCGAGCCGAUCUGCACCCCUGCCAGCGGCCAAUGGCAGCACCACCGCUUCCAACACGACUCCCUCCGCCUCUCCAAACGGUCGUGUGCGGUCUCAGACAGCCACGCCCGCCAACGCAACAUCGCCCUACUCCGCCAACGGAUCCAAUGUCUCCUACCACGGCUCUCGCAGCAUGCGCGCCAGUCCCCAAAUGCGAGCACUGCCACAACAACAUCACGGACUCGUCCCUUCCCUUCAGAGUCUGGGCGCUAGCAUGCUCACAUCGCCGUCGGCGGCAAGCUCGGGAUAUGGUCACAGUGCGUCUAUGUCAGCAACAAGUCCAAGCCACAGCCAGACUCAUUCCGGUCCACAUUGGGAGCGUCACACCAACGAGCUGACCAGCUGCGUCGUCGCCUUCCUGUCGCCCAUCCUUCCCACCGAGGAAGAGUACCGAAUCAAGGAAGCCACCCGCCGACAGCUCGAGAGGCUCGCCAAUCGUGUCAGUCCCGGCGCCAAGCUGCUCGCUUUCGGUAGCAUGGCCAACGGCUUUGCGCUGCGCAACUCGGACAUGGAUCUCUGCUGCCUGAUGAGCAAGGGGGAAGACGGACAGCCCAAAACGCAGCAUACCGCUUCCGAGCUGGUGGAGACGCUCGGCCAGCUCAUCCGCGAAGAGACCGACUUCACCGUCAUGCCUUUGCCCAAAGCGAGGAUCCCUAUCAUCAAGAUCACCCGCUCGCCCACCGCCGACCUGCCCUACGAGAUUGCAUGCGACAUUGGCUUCGAGAAUCGACUUGCGCUCGAAAACACGCGCUUGCUGCUCAGCUACGCGAUGGUCGACCCGCAGCGUCUGCGCACCCUCGUACUCUUCAUCAAGGUCUGGGCCAAGCGCAGAAAGCUCAACUCGCCCUACACCGGCACUCUUUCAUCGUACGGGUACACGCUCCUGGUGCUCUUCUUCCUCACGCACGUCAAGAAGCCCGCCGUGCUGCCCAAUCUGCAACGCGUACCGCCCACGCGCAUCAUGAAGCCCGAAGAGAUGGAGCUCAACGGCAACAAUAUCUACUUUUACGACGACGUCGAGGAGCUCAAAAAGGAGUGGGCCUCAGAGAAUCACGAAAACGUCGGCGAGCUCCUCAUCGAUUUCUUCCGCUACUUUAGCAAAGAGUUUAGCUACGCUCGCGAUGUCAUCAGUCUCAAGUCCGAGACUGGCUUGCUCUCGAAGGACAGCAAGAGCUGGAACGCCGAGCUUUGCAUCGAGGACCCCUUCCAGAUGGGCUACAAUGUCUCGCGAACCGUCACUAAGGAUGGUCUAUACACGAUUCGCGGCGAGUUCAUGCGUGCCAGUCGCUUCCUGACCAACACUCGCGGGCAAAAGAUCUCAACGCUCAUCGCCGAGCUGUGCGAGGAGCGAGAGGACAGCCUCAGUCGCGCUCCCGAUGGUCCCGGCUCCAUGCAGCGCAAUCCGUAUCACUCGUAUAUGGGUAUGGGCGUGCCGAAUGGAACCAGCUUCUACACUGCGAGCGCCAACGGUGGACGUCCCUACCGCGAUUCGAAUCGACGCUACGACGGCAACAGCAUCAGCGGCUACGGAGGCAGCUUUGCGUUUGAACAGAUGGCGCGUGGACUCGGGCAGGGCGUCGCAUACCCACCCACGGCUGCGAUGCUUGCUCCGCUCUCUCGCACACACGGAUUGAGCCCCAAGCCGCAGCACUCUCGCUACGCUGGGGCUAGCUCGCACAGCACCGAUGCAGGCACGGCGUCCUUCAGCUCUGCGCAAAGCGAUUCGGGUGGAUAUGCCCCGCUCGACUCCGCUGGACGCGCCAGCAUCGGGCACGCUUCGGCACGCACGUCGCCAUCGUUCAAGCACGCUGUGCCCAAUGGGUACCACUCGAGCAACGGUCUUGGCGCUCAGGAGGCGUUUGCGUACGGCGCCGAAAUCAGCUUUGGUGCUCCUUCAGUGGCGUCCACACGUGACGACAUGGGAAGCACGCCGCGUGGCAAGACGUCGCGCUCGUUUUCGGAAACGCUCAAUCGAUCUAAGUCGCUGCCUCGAGCACCUGCUUUGGCGAAUGGACACCAACGUCGUGCGCAAGGUGGUGCAUCCUUGAUGCCUCACUCUCAAGCCGGAGCGAUACCGACACCUGCACCCGCAACGUUCUAUGAGCCAGCGUCACCGCACUCUCUCGCACCGUCGGAGCUCGAGUCGCGAAUGGCGACGCUUCAUGUGCAACAGCCUUCCACAUCAGGUCCGCGACGGUUGUCCGCCUCAAGCCAUGCAUCCUCGUCAGCGCUCUUCGACAGCAACAGCGCGAGCACGCUACACUGCUCCUCCGCGAGCUCGCCAUGGUCUCUCGGUCCUGCCGUCACCGAUGGUCGACGCCCAUCGCACCACCAGCAGCAAGCAGACACGCACGCGCUCGUCCAAGAAUACCUCCGACGAGCGGCGCAGUCGGGGGCCGAAUCGACGCUGCCGAUGGACGCGGACAAAUUUGCACCUCGAGCUGACCACGAUGACGAAGAUGAGUCGGGGUCUGUGAUCAGCGAGGCGACGCUGGACGAGCUGGCGCGGCUCUCCGAGUUGGAGGGGACGGAUUCGUCGGCUGGCUCGCCGGAUUGGCGCGGUGCGGAUGCUAAGCAGCCCGCGCAGAGGGAGGAGUCACCACCGAGACCGAUGCGAUUGCCAGAGAGCGUGCUGCAACAGGCAAAACUGCGAAAGCACGCACAGGCCGCGGCCGCUGCGGCGGCGGCGGCGUCGAGUGGCAUUGCGAGGAAGGAUCGGGAGAAUGCUAAGCUCGAUUGA